AUGCGUCCAACUUUUCGUCGAUCUUUUCUAGCUGCCCUGGUCACAUGCGUCUCAGCGUACGGGAGCACAUCUAAUUGCACAGAUGACACUACCUUGACUGAAGCUGUUAACACUUUCGAUUGUCAAUGUGGCUUUUCGGAGUUCCUCACAAUCCCUCACGUCAACAUAACCGCUCGAGAAGAAGCCAUCAAAUGUUCAAGUUAUAAACUGGUUGACGCGCGUGGCACAUCUGAGCCUCAGGGUGUGUCUAUGAUGUUCUACCCAAUGAUCCGGAACAUCUUGGCCAACAUCAGUGAUGGUGUUAGUCUGCCCGUUGAGUAUCCAGCGGGCCCAGAUCAGAACACGACAACCGGUGAGCUUUUCGUGCUGGAUAUCAUCAAAGAAAGCGUGGAAAAUUGCCCGAACCAGAAUUACGCUCUCUUUGGCUACUCUCAGGGAGCUAGCUUGAUACUGAAAGUCCUCAAGCAACUGAAUCACCGUGCUCUGAGCAAAGUCAAAUCAGUUAUCUUGGUCGGUAACCCGUACCGCGUACCUGGGAAGCUUUCUAGUGUCAACGGGACAGGACAACGGGAUUUUAGUGCCUCUGUUGGGAUGUUCGCCGAAUCUGCGAUUGCUGCAGGUGGAAACACUACAAUCUCUCAGCUCUCAAAGGAAAUGGACCGAAGUGGCAUAACGUUAGAUUAUUGUCUUGCGGGCGAUGGUGUUUGCUCUUACAACUCUGCCUGUCCCUGCCAAAUUCCGGCAAGUCAUCUCUCAUAUGGAUUAGUCGACACCGUGCAGAGCACUGCAUUUGAGCACGUUAUUUCUCAACUCGGGUCUCAUUGA